CAAUCGGAAUUGGAAUUCAAAGAAGGCGGCUGCCUUAUAAACCUCCAUUUUAAGAUCUUCAUCUCAUUCCUCCGAAUUCAACCAAUCCUUACGAUUUUCCGUCUCUUUUGACUCUUCCUCUUGCUGCGACACGAUAAUUGACUAUAAGGAAGAUGGGAGGUGGGUUUAGAGUCCUUCAUCUGGUCAGGCCAUUCCUUUCGUUUCUCCCUGAGGUGCAGAGUGCCGAUCGGAAAAUUCCAUUCAGAGAGAAGGUCAUUUAUACUGUCAUCGCACUUUUCAUCUUCUUGGUAUGCAGCCAGCUUCCUCUGUAUGGGAUUCACUCCACCACGGGCGCAGAUCCGUUUUAUUGGAUGCGUGUUAUCCUAGCUUCCAAUCGUGGUACCGUCAUGGAGCUUGGGAUCACCCCCAUCGUCACAUCUGGGAUGGUGAUGCAACUCCUCGUUGGAUCCAAGAUUAUUGAAGUCGACAACAAUGUGCGGGAGGAUCGUGCACUCUUAAACGGUGCACAGAAAUUGCUGGGCAUCCUCAUAGCCGUUGGUGAAGCGGUUGCUUAUGUUCUUUCCGGAAUGUAUGGUAGCGUUAGCCAACUUGGGGUGGGAAAUGCUAUUCUUAUAAUUGUUCAGCUGUGCUUCGCCGGUAUUGUUGUCAUAUGCUUGGAUGAGCUUCUCCAGAAGGGAUAUGGUUUAGGAUCUGGAAUUUCCCUCUUCAUAGCAACGAACAUGUGUGAGAACAUUAUUUGGAAAGCAUUUAGUCCGACCACAAUUAACAGUGGACGAGGAGCUGAAUUUGAAGGAGCUGUCAUUGCUUUAUUCCACCUGCUGAUUACCCGGACGGACAAGGUUCGUGCAUUGCGGGAAGCAUUCUAUCGACAGAAUCUCCCGAAUGUGACAAAUCUGCUUGCUACGGUUUUGAUCUUCUUAAUUGUCGUCUACUUCCAAGGAUUCCGGGUGGUUCUGCCUGUGAGGUCAAAGAACUCCCGUGGACAACAGGGUUCUUACCCAAUUAAGCUUUUCUACACCUCCAACAUGCCUAUCAUUCUUCACUCUGCUCUUGUUUCCAACCUUUAUUUCAUCUCUCAGUUGCUGUACAGGAAGUACAGUGGGAACUUCCUGGUGAAUCUUCUGGGUAUAUGGAAGGAAUCUGAGUAUUCAAACGGCCAAUCUGUCCCUGUUGGUGGCCUUGCUUAUUACAUUACCCCACCAUCAAGCUUAGCUGAUAUGGCAGCCAAUCCCUUCCAUGCUUUGUUUUAUCUCGUCUUCAUGCUAUCAGCAUGUGCACUCUUCUCUAAAACUUGGAUUGAAGUUUCUGGUUCCUCCGCCAGAGAUGUGGCCAAGCAGCUGAAGGAACAACAAAUGGUCAUGCCUGGACACCGUGAAUCUAACUUACAGAAAGAGUUGAACCGUUACAUACCCACAGCGGCAGCAUUCGGAGGAAUGUGCAUUGGUGCACUGACCGUGUUGGCUGAUUUCAUGGGAGCAAUAGGUUCUGGAACUGGAAUUUUGCUUGCAGUGACAAUUAUUUAUCAGUACUUCGAGACCUUCGAGAAGGAGAAAGUCAGCGAAUUGGGUCUGUUUGGUUUCUAAAUUUUUUCAAUUCGGUUUAAGUUAUAAACUUUUGGUGGUGCCAAAGAGCUCCCUGUCAAUUUUGGUGCCUUGGGAUUUUCACAAGCCUCUAAUUGUAUGAAUAUUUUAGAUUAGAAACGUUACAAGUUUUGAAGUAAAGUAUAAAAUUGAUAUAUUUUAGCGGAA